CCGUCCUGGAGGGCCAUGAGCCGCAGUCCUUUAUCCUGGUGCAAGAAAAAGGUCCUGCCUGCCCGCCCUCCCUUCUCCCGGCCCCCCUCCCCUGCCGCCCCCCGCCGGCCGGGCCGGGCCGGGCGGGGCCAGGCGGACGCUCCCUCCCCCGGCGGGGUCCUGCCGCUGCCGCCGCCUCGAGCCGGAGCCGGAGCCGGGCAGCGCCGCAGGAUGGACUUCUCUGACUCUGCAAGUCCUGCCGCCCUCCCCAAGCACAUCCUGGACAUCUGGGUCAUUGUCUUGAUCAUCCUGGCCACCAUCCUUAUCAUGACAGCCAUGGUGCUCUGCCCAGCCACCGCUGUCAUCAUCUACCGGGUACGGACUCACCCCAUGCGCAAUGGCAUCGUGUGAGGCAGAGGCAACGAGGGACAGAUGGCUUGCUGGUCGGGUGGCCACAGCUGUGAGAGAUGCGUGACUUUGUGGAUGUGUCCAGCUAGAAACAACUCGCUCCCAUGAGGUAGGCAGGCUGGUCUCACCUUCACUGGUGACCCUGUCUCCUUCCAGGCAAGUAGCAAGGAGUGGAAAUGCCUGGCAAAGUUACUUCUUCUCUGGAGUCCCAGCUGUCAGGGUGGUCAGGAGAGAAGGGUCAAAGCAAGAUGGAUGUGGCUUCUGGUUGUGGGUUCAGAGACUCGGCUAAAAGCAUCAGUAACAGACAGAGGCAGUCCUGGCAGCACAGCAGACAUGCAGCUGGCACCGGCUUCUCCUCUAUCAGAUAUCUGCCGAAAUUGUAGGAAGACCCUAUGGGGCGCUUGGUUCUUCUGGGUCUCGUGGAGCACAGGAGGGUGGGCAGCCCCUGCCAGCCUGCCUGCCUGCAGGCCAGCUGUGCUCGGCGCUCCUUCCGAUGGCAAGGACCCCCAGCACACUGACCCCGUUGCAGGGGUCUGUGCUCCCCUCGCCUGGGCCAGCAAAGCAGGAGGAGCAGAGGGGUUUGUGCCCAGGCAGUGGCAAGGGACUAUGCAAGCUCUUACAUUGCCCUUUGCUGUGAAAUAAAUGGACUUUAAUUCUACACAUGGGCGUUUCGUGCAGAUCUGUCCACGCUACAGAUGGUGUCCAGGGAGAUACCUUGCAGCAUUUCCAGGAGCCCUCCGUGUGCUGACAUCCUGCGCUGCCUUGGCUCAAGGUCCCUAGGGCUCUGGCCCAGCCUGUUAUCCCGGUGGCAACAGCCCCGCAGGAGGCACAUUUGCCAGCCCAGCCCCACACUCUGGAGGUGCAAAUCCGAAUAUGACUGUGAUAGCAGCAGCAACUAUCAGUCAGCGAGCGGGAAGGAUCCCCUGGAUCUUUCUGACAGCAGCAAUGACUGCUUUUCUCCCGCUCGGCUGACCAGCAUUGCUCCCUGCCACAAGCCUCACGCUGAGCUCUAGUGUGUGGCAGGAGUCCUGGGGCUGAAACAGCGUCCUGGUGACUCACGGUGAGAAAGGUCAUGAAUAAUGAGAUGAAUCAGGCUGGGAUAUGGGGAAAUGUUAUGGUGAUGCUGGUGGGAAUUGUUUAAAUCCCAUUUUGACUACUGGAAAGAGCAACCAGCCCUGCAGUGUUGGAAACCCUUCAUGCCAUCCCCGUGCAGCUUGAUCCGUGACAGCCGGUAUUGGGUUUGCUUUUGGUGUUGGGGCCAGAGGGGCAGGCGAUUCCCAGGGGAGGAGGAUUUUGGGCUAACGCCUCCCUCCCCAGGGAGGGAGCCCAGCACCCGGACGCAGCUCCCCGGGAACGGAAACGCCUGCGCUGGAGCUGUGGGCUGCGGUUGUACUAGGGAAGGAGCAGACACGUAUUCCUUGCCUGGCCCCAAAAUAAAUUUCUGUUUCGAGCCAUCGCCUCUCUCUCCCCCCUCUCAAGUUGCAGAACUUGAAGCAAAUAAACAGAGUUAUUUUUCUUU